AUGUCUUCUGCUUCCAGACAAGCCCUCGUCGACAAGUACCCGUCGAUCCUCAAGUUCGACAACGACACCUACGAGGAGUCCCACGAUGGCCGUGAGCUUGCCCUCCUUGACCACAUCUACAACCAUCCGUCGUUGAACGAGCUUCGUGGCAACCCCGCCGCCAUCAUGCGCAUGAUGGAUGACUUCGCCGCUCAAAAAGACUUCCUGAUUAACAUUGGAAGUGACAAGGGCGAGAAGGUUCGUCAGCUCAUUUUGAAAGAACGGCCUGCUGUCCUCGUCGAGCUGGGUGGGUAUGUCGGCUACUCUGCCAUCGCCUUCGGAGAUGCCAUGCGAAAGGCCGCUGGAAACGAACAGAGUGUUCGUCUCUUGAGUCUCGAGUUUGACCCCCUCAUCGCGUCGAUUGCUAUGAAUUUGGUCGACUUGGCGGGAUUGGCCGAUGUCGUCAAGGUCGUUGUGGGGCCUGCGGCUGAUUCGCUGAAAAGAUUGAAAGAUGAAGGCAAGUUGGCUGCAAACAGCAUUGAUUUUUUGUUCCUGGACCAUGUCGAGGAUCUCUACCAGCAGGAUCUGCAGCUCUGUGAGCAGCUGGGCCUUCUCAAGUCGGGGGCCUUGGUGGUGGCCGAUAAUGUGGUCCGUCCCGGCGCGCCUCAGUACCGCGAGUAUGUCCGCCAGCAUUCCGGCAUGGAAAGCUGGGGCAUCCCGGGCCUUAUUAUGCCUGGUGAAUUUGAUGACGAACUGGAGGUUACGAGGAUCAAAUAG